AUGGAUCCGUUAUAUUUCCUGCGCAACAGGCAACGCUUCAACGGAUCAUCGACGUCUACAUCUUUCAAAACCGAUAUCUACCAUUUUUAUGGCUCUUCGACCUCGCCAAUAAGGCCGCAACUUCUUUUGACCGAAGAUCAUAUCCGAGGCUUUUCGUUGAGGAUAAUGUCAACAGUUAUUAUUCGUUCAGCGCUUAAAACGCCCUCUCUAGGCAGUUAUCGCGGAUCGAUGAUCCAGAUACAGACAUCUAUUAAUUCACAACUAUCGACAGGCAUAGAGGAUGCGGUCAAGAACAUGAAUCUAAAAGAACCUCGGUACGGCGGCACUGAUCACCGUGUGACGAAUCGCAUCAGUGCGAGCGCCGAGCUAAACAGGCCUAUCAUCUUGUUUUCUUGGACAGAUGCGAGGACAAGCGAUUCUUACGGCGGCAUUAUCCGGACUUUUCUUUUCCCGAAGCCCAUUGGGGGGGGAUCCUGGUUCAACCAAGCCACUGUCACAGAACUGGCCAACUCUGGCGUCAAUGCGCUUCGUAUUCCAAUUGGAUACUGGGCUUUUGACAAUAAAGAUACACCAUAUGUCCAAGGUUCAGCUGCAUGGAUGGAUAAAGCCAUAGAAUGGGCACGUACUGCCAAGAUGAAGGUCUGGGUUGAUCUUCACGGUGCUCCAGGUAGCCAGAAUGGAUUUGAUAACUCCGGGCAAUCGGGAGAGGUCUCAUGGCAAAAAGGGGAUAACAUCGAGCGUACAAAAGAAGUCCUAAAAAUAAUGGGGAAGAAAUACGGAAGCAAGAAAUAUGUGGACGUUGUUGUUGGAAUCCAACUCAUCAACGAACCAAUAUCAUGGGGAAAUAACAAUUUUGAUACAACUUAUCAAUUCGCAGUCGACGCCUACUGGGCUGUAAGACAAGCGGCCGAAAACAAGAAGUUGAUGGUCAUCAUGCAUGAUGCAUUCAAAGGGGUAUCCAGUUGGGAAGGCCUUCCUGAAAGAACUUCUGCUGGUGGUCCUGAAAGUGGUCUCCUGGGUAUCGAUACCCAUAUGUAUCAGGUUAGUGAUUUUUCCUAG